UUGUUUAUGUGCCUUCGAAGCGGAGGGGAAUCUCGUUUCGCAGUUCACGUUUCGCACGGACUAUAAACAUGAAGCACCAAUUGUUGAACUGAAUGAGCACGCUCAAGAAAUGGACAGGAGAUGAAAACACACUCUUGGAUUUAGGCGCUUUGUCGGAUUGUAGUGAGAAUAUCAAUCAUAAUGGAUGAAGAACCAGAGAGAACUAAACGCUGGGAAGGUGGUUAUGAGAGGACAUGGGAAAUUUUGAAAGAGGAUGAAUCGGGAUCACUCAAAGCCACAGUUGAGGAGAUCCUGUUCCAGUCCAAAAGGGAAAGGGUAAUAAAAAGCUCUGGCCAAAUAAGACUUGGUAUGAUGCGGCAUCUUUUUGUGGUGAUUGACUGUUCUAGAAGUAUGGAGGAUCAAGACUUAAAACCAAACCGCCUAAGUGCAACUCUAAAGCUGAUGGAAGCUUUUGUUGAUGAAUAUUUUGAUCAGAAUCCCAUCAGCCAGGUGGGAAUUAUCAUUACAAAGAAUAAAAGAGCCGAGAAGCUCACUGACCUAUCAGGGAACCCAAAGAAGCAUAUUGCUGUUUUGAAGAAAGCAGUGGACACUGUGUGUCUUGGAGAGCCAUCCCUGUACAAUUCCCUGAACCUGGCCUUACAGACCCUGAAACACAUGCCUGGACACACAAGUCGGGAGAUUUUGAUCAUCCUCAGCAGCCUUACCACGUGCGACCCAGCCAACAUCUAUGAGAUGAUUCAGACCAUGAAAUCAUUGAAGGUGCGAGUGUCUGUAAUCGGCCUUUCUGCGGAGGUUCGGGUGUGUACCAUGUUGACCAGGGAGACUGGUGGGUCGUACCAUGUCAUCUUGGAUGAGAGCCAUUUCAAAGAACUGCUGCUGACGCUGCAUGUGAAACCUCCCCCUGCCAGCUCCUCAUCUGAAUGCUCUUUAAUACGGAUGGGGUUUCCCCAGCAUACCUUCAGCUCUCUGACUGACCAGAAUGCCAAACCCUCUUUCAGCAUGGCUCUGUUAGAUGGCACCAAUGAUCCAGGUCUCUCUCUGGGAGGAUACUUGUGUCCGCAGUGCAAUGCUAAGUACAUGGAGCUUCCAGUGGAAUGUAAAGUCUGUGGUUUGACUCUUGUGUCGGCCCCACACCUCGCCAGAUCCUUUCACCACCUCUUUCCCCUACACAUGUUCAUUGAAACACCAGUUGAAACCCUCCCAGAAAAAAGGUUCUGUGGGUCUUGUCAAGGAGAAUUAAAAGAUAAAACGAUGUUCACCUGCCCAUCCUGUCACAGUGUCUUUUGUGUCGAGUGUGAUCAUUUCAUUCAUGACACACUCCACUGCUGCCCUGGGUGUGUUCACAGUCAGCGCAGCCCUUAAAGUCACAGCCAGAGGAGAGCAGUGAUCAUAAAUGUCAGGGCUCAUGACCGCCCAGUAAAAUAUCUAAAUCUGUGGUUCUUAAACGGGGUUCGAUCAAACCCUAGGGGUUCGGUAAAUCGGUUGCAGGGGUUCGACAGAGCCUCUACCAUGGAGGUUAAAUUAGUUUGUCCAUCAAAAAAAACUACUUUUUUUUUUUACUAUUUGAUGUUGAUUAAAGAGUAGA